AUGAGGCCCGACUUCUCCAAGGAGCACCCGAUUGGCCCUGACAACAGGCUGCGCUGGCUGACGGCUGCCAGCCUGGCAACGUUCCUGGUCCUCUGCAUCGCCAUCACUACCUACUUCAUAUACGCUGACGACGCCCCGAUACGUGUGACGCCCAAUGUGCUGAUGUGCGCCACCACCGGCCGCGGGACCGAGAAGCUGUCCGAGGCCCUGGACGCCUACUGCACGCACGUCAUCUACACCGGACCGCUCGCCAUAAAGCGGACGCCGGGAAGCGGCAAGCUCUUCGUGGAUGUCCGAGACAACGAGGGCUACCGCGUGUUCGCCGGCCUGUCCAAGACCCACGAGCGGUACGUGUCGUUCCGCUGGAAGGCCGCCUCGUGGAACGAGGGCGACGUCCUCCAGGCGCUCGUCGCCUACCUGCGCUUCAACCGGCUGCGAGGCAUCGAACUCGUCAUGAGCAGCCACACCCAGAGGAGCAAGCUCGUGCGGUUCUGCGAGAACUUCGUGCAGAAGAUGAGGACAAAUGCGAGCCUCAUCUUGCGGGUACAGAAGACGGUGCAGCUCAACAAGAUACUCUUCAAAAAGCUGGCCAGUCUUCCCGCGUACCUGAUCCUGGAGACGCAAGCGGUGAACCUGCCCGGCCUGCAGACCAGGCGCUUCCCAAACGCGUACCAGCCUUUCGCUGGCUCGCACAAGAACGACAUCUACAUGAGGUACCGGCUGUGGCAGGUGCACCCUUGGCGUCGUCACCUGCACCUGGACAACGUGUGCUUCACCAUUUCCAUGGCCGUCAUCAAGGCCCGCAAAGGACCCACCAGAAACAGAGUGCUCGAGUACUCCUACACCAGCAUCAAGGAGCCCUGCGAGCAGAGCUCCAUGAAGAAAGGCGUCGACUGGAGGGCGCUGUCACGGUUCCGCGAGAACCGAACCACCUACUAUGCCUACGACAACAAGCAGACCAUCACCAACAAGCUGUGGCGGUUGGCUCACGAGUUCCCGCGCUACUGCGUCGCCGCGUAUGACGUCGAGAAGGACGACUUCGAGGGCGUCUGUCCCAAGAAGAGCGUGCCCCUGCUACGCAUCGUCAAGAAGCUCGUCACGUCCAGCCAGCGAGCACGGCUGGACUGACGCGCCGCGCCCACGCGUGGUGGUCCCGGUCCUUGUCCGCGAAGUGGUCGGGGAGGACCACGCGCCGAGACCGCUCGUUCGGCACGACGGCGAUAUCGAGCGCCAGCGCUUCGCGUCGCUCUUUCCUUUUUUUUUUUGUAUCUUUCCUUUUUUUGUAAAGCAAGAAAGUAUCGGAAACUACGCCUUCGCUGCGUUUCACUUCCGUGCCAGCUCCAUAGUCCUCGUAUCCGCACGAUCGCACGCGUUCGUAGUCACAGUAGAUUUUGUGUUUUUAUUACUUUCUUUCCCUUUGGGCAUACUGAAGAGUACCAACCAAGGUGCAGGCAUCGAGGCAUAUAUGACUAACUGUUUUCGAUAUCGGUAAUAAAUGUGCAUUCAUGCUGCUAUAUUGUACUUAAACAUAACGAAAAGCCCAUCAUAAAUUUCUUUUACAGCGAAGCUGUUCAGGAGAUUUCUGAAACCGCUCUCGUGCGGCAGCGGUGACAGAAGACAGCUGCAUGCAGUGGCAUGGUCAGUACAUCGGAUGUCAGCAAGUAAACCGAAGCGCGCAGCCUGCGUCGGAACCCAAAAGCGCGGCCUUAUGACCCGGGUGUCGGUGAGAACGUGCCGCCGGACAGUGAUUCUAUGGAUACACCAUCACUAACAGCUGCAGCUAUGCAACCAUAUACCAGGCUGUAGG